AUGGGACAACAACAGUCUUCGUCAUCGGCAUCGCCAUCACCGUCAAUUAUUCAAAUACUAACAUAUUCUCCUUUUUUCUCCAUUUUCUUCCCCGCACAGUUCGCCGUCAAACUAGGCAACAAGCGCAACGAGAAGCGCCUGUCCACCCUGGUCGAGCUGACGACCCUGAUGGUGGACGACAAGCCGCCGAAGAUCAUCGACACGACGGCGCAGAAGAUCGACCAGCAGAAGGCGGCCGCGGCCGCAGCUGCCGCCGCCGCAGCAGCCGCCCAAGAGUGCUGGAACAAUGCCACCAACGCCAACAACAAUGGGAAACCCAUGGACAUGGGCGGCAGCGGUGAUAAUCCGGCGGCCAUGGCGGCCAAUGCGCUACCGCCAGUAGUGGCAGCCGCCAUGAAUGGCGGCGGUCCGGUGACGGCGCCGGCCGCUACCACCAACGGCAGCUGUAGCAAUAGCAGCAGCAGUAGUAGUCUGAGCAGUGUUGCCAGCAGUGGCGGUCUGACCGUUGGCAGUAGCAAUAGCAAUGGCAGCACCAGCAGCAGCCUCAGUGCACUCACCGCGGUGAGUGGCGCUAGUGCUGGGGGUGUUGGCGGAAGUGGUGGUGGAGGAGGAGGCGGCGGCAGCAGUAGUAGUAGUAGCAGUAGCAGCAGCAGCAGUAGCAGUAGUGGUAUCGGGAGCAGUAUUAUUAGCAGCAAUGGCGGCAGCGGGGUCACCGGCGUUAGCAACGUUAACCAUAUUAAUCAUAACCUAUCGUUGCCGCCGAACGUCGAUCCGAGCACCUCGGAUGACAGUGGGCGCGCCUCGGAGCGUUUGACCGCUUCGUCGGUGGCCCAGCGGGAUCCGGACAGUUCGCGGGACCGGCUGAGCGACGCCAGCAGCCGGUGCAGCUCCGGCAAAGGAUAUAUCUGUGAUAGCGAGGGAGACGAUGAUAAGGUGAGCUGACCUUUCCGGCAUUUAUACCGGGGUGGAUUUCGAUAACAUUCAGACCCAGAGGGGGCGAGACUCGGGUUGGUACAGGGACAGCGAGGUUAAGUCGUUUACCAGGGGUACAAAACAUCG